AUGAUUAAGGCCAUUUGUUGGAAUGCUAGGAGUAUCAACACCAAAGGAUCAUUGGAAAGGCUACAAACUCUCAAAAAACUCCAUCAUUUAUCUAUUAUUGCUAUCCUUGAACCCUUUGCAGAUAAUUCUCAGAUUGAUAAGGUGAGAAUUCAUCUCCAAAUGGAUCAGGCAGCCAGUAAUCCUAAUGGGAAAAUUUGGUUGUUUUGGUCUAAUGAAGUCAAUGGUCAUAUUUUUGAACAACAUGAUCAACACAUUGCAGUAACAUCUAAGUAUACAAAUAUUCCGGAUAAAUUCAUGAUGUCCUUUAUCUAUGCUAAAUGUAAGGACUAUCUGAAGAGACCUCUGUGGGACAGAUUGUUGUUUUAUGCUAAUAUGGAACUACCAUGGUGUACAAUUGGGGAUUUCAAUGUCAUCACCUCUAUAGAGGAGAAGAUGGGAGGAUUAUCUGACAAUAUAAAUAGGAGCUUUGAAUUUAUUGGAGUGAUAGAGGCAUGUGGAUUGACUGAUCUUGGAUACACAGGACUUCCAUUCACAUGGUGUAAUCAAAGGGAUGCAGAAGCUAGAGUUUGGAAGAGAUUAAAUAGAUCUAUGGUUAAUGAUAAAUGGUUAGAGGUUAUGCCUCAAACCACUAUGGAAAAUUUAUCCUCUGUUGGUUCUGAUCAUAGUCCUAUGUUGAUGGAAAUGAUUAACACCAAUGAGAGUCAUAUUAAAUAUUUCAAGUUCUUACAUUUUUGGGUUGAAAAUGUCACCUUUAUGAAGACAGUACAACAGUGUUGGGAAAAGAGAGUUACUGGCAAUCAUAUGUGGAGAUUACAUCAGAAAAUGAAAAGAGUAUCAUCUACACUUAGUAAUUGGUCUAAAAGCGAGUAUGGAGAUAUCUUUACUACGGUAAGGGAGUUUGAAGAGAAUAUCAGGCAAUCUGAGGAAGAACUUAUGACUAAUAACACUGAAGCUCUUAGACAGACACUUCAUCAAAUGAAUGCAACUUAUAUUAGGUAUUUGAAAAUGGAGGAAUCUAUUCUUAAACAAAAGACACAACUACAAUGGUUUAAGGAGGGUGAUGUCAAUACUAAAUACUUCCAUUCUUUGAUGAGAGGUAGAAGAAGGAGGCUAUUUCUUCAUAGGAUUUGUACUGAAAAUGAAGUAUGGGUACAAGGUGAUGAGCAAAUAGCUCAAGCAGCUUGUGAUUAUUAUCAACAAAUAUUCACUGGUCAGAACGAUAGAAUAGAUGACAGAAUUCUCCAGCAUAUUCCUACCUUAGUCACUCCUGUACAAAAUGAGAUGCUGCAAGCCAUGCCUACUUUAGAGGAACUCAGACAAUUUUUUUUGCUAUGA